AUGGGAAAGAAGACAGGUGUGGUUAUUCUCAUGUUGAUUUCUUUCUUCGUAUUGGUCUCAGCAUAUGGGCAACCAGCUCCCAAUUAUCGAAACGCAAACCCGCCUGUAUCACAUAAUCCACCAAAAAUGGUGGCACCCCCACACCCAACUAGCCAUAUGGGAACAAGGAAUCGGCCAGCCUGUAACGCUGGCAUAAAUGGACACUGUGGAGGGUCUGGAGAUAAACUAUACAACGUCGGAAAUAGGCCGUGUACAAGAUACUGCCGAGGGAGUAGAGUUUGA